AUUUGGGGUGGAUUUAGUGUAAGCAAUGCCACUCUUAAUAGAUUCUUUUCAUUACACUAUUUAUUACCUUUCUUAUUAGCUGCUUUAGUUAUAGCUCACUUAUUAGCACUACAUACACAUGGGUCAAACAAUCCUAAUGGUGUAGGAUCAAAUUCAGAUAGAUAUGCAAUGCAUCCUUAUUUCACAUUUAAAGAUCUUGUAACAAUAUUCUUCUUUUUCUUAGUAUUAUCUAUAAUAGUAUUCUAUUACCCUAAUUUAUUAGGUCAUAGUGAUAAUUAUAUUCCAGCUAAUCCUAUGCAAACACCAGCAUCAAUAGUACCAGAAUGGUAUGUUAAAAGAUGCCAUGCAUAA